UAUUCACCGGGAUGUUAUUAUAAUCACCCAGAAAUGGGAAGCCUUUAAAAACCCACGUGCGUGGUGCCCGCCCCCACCUCCUGACAAUGAAUCCCAAUGAUGAAGAGUCGCAUGCAACAAACAAGGCGGUGUAUUUAACCUCCUGAGCUUCACAAUGUGUUCAAUUCCCGGCCUUCCAACUCCAGGAUCAAAAGUACCAGUUCUCAUCACAAGGGUAAACCUAAACUCCACUUGUGGUCUUGUGGAAUUGUGGAUCAACAUGGAUAAUGGGAGUAAGCGUGCGUAUGAUCAGAUGAGAGAUGAAAUUCAGACUCCUAAAAGGAAGUUUUAUGGACCAGAAGGAAACCCAGGUGAUCACUGUCUGGUUUUCAUCAGUGAUACCUGGCACAGAGCUCGGAUUGUAUCGAUUCAAACUGAAGCUUGCAAAAUUUUUCUGAUUGACCAGGGACAGCCUCAUAUCACCACAAAUGAAGCUUUAGCAUGGGGCAAUAAUGACAGUUUUCUCCUUCCUCCUGAAACUGAAUCAUGCAUACUCGCAAAUGUCCUCUCCCUUGGGAAUAACUGGCCUGAAAAAGCUACAACGUUUUUGGAGUCCCUACCAGGCAAGAACUUUAAAGGACUGGUUCAACAUGUGCUGAUGCCACACAGGACCAUUGUCCUUGACAUACCAACUAUUUCCAAGCACAUGUGUAAGAUUGGAGUUGCAAAGAAAAUGCCCGUAGAUGAGUUUAAAUGUCUUGUACAGAAAUGUCUUGAGGCCGACCAUGUAACUCAGCAACAGAAUCUGAAUGUUGGCUGCCAACUUCAGAAGAAUGACCUAUAUUUUUACCCAGAACUGUUAACUGAUCAUUUUGAAACUGUUAACGUGACAGCGGUAGCUGAUCCAUAUCACAUUUUUUGCAAACUCCAAAUUUUUUCCAAGUCAGUGAAGAUGUUAUCAGAACAGAUCCAGCAGCACUAUGAAGAGAGCUCAGACCCGGGAGAGACGCAGCUUUUGACCCGCGGGGAUCCAUGUGCCGCUAGAGGCAUAACCGGAAAAUGGCAUCGCUCAUUACUAAAGCAAACAAUGACUAGUGAUGAUGCUGUAGAAGUCUUUCAUGUGGAUGAAGGUAAAAGUGAAUCGGUCCCAAUUGGAAAUAUCAGACCCCUGCAUGUAAAAUUUCUGAAAAUGCCAGUUGUCACGUAUCUCUGUUCUCUUGAAGGUCUAAAAGAUAAUGGCACAGGGUGGAAUACGGACCAGACUGAUUACUUAACAUCACUGCUCCUGAACCAGACCUUUGUGGCGAAGUUUUACCACAACAGUAUACGUCAAGAUGUCUAUAAUGUCAUUCUUUAUGCACAUAAUGCUGCAUGCAUCAACAGGUGUUUCAUAGACAUGGCAGGACCCAUUUCACUCUCAAAGACUGAACCAGAUUCAUCUGUCCAAAAUGUUCCAAUUCCGUCAACAUUUCUCAGUCCACUUGGAGACAAACGUGGCAUGGAAUUGAAUAACAAAGUUAUUGUAAAUGUUGAUGGUUUACUGGAGGAAACUUUGCCAUGGACCGAGAACCAAGCAGUCAAUGGCAGAACAGAUGAUGGACCCACUUCUGGAGCUGGCGAUGCUCUAAUAAAAAGAAGCUCAGAACAUCCAAGCCCUCUAAUACAGAGCAAUGGGAAUCCUUUAACAAGUUCUCCCUCUGAGGUGCAUACUUCUUCUGGAGACAAAGGGAUGGGAAAUGGUUAUCCUAUAAAUGGCCAUCCACAUUGCACAGAUCAUCCACUUGGACUUCAUAGCAUGAAACAAGAGAUGACUCUUCAGACUGCCCAACAGAUCUCCAACAGUUCAGAACAUGUCAGCGUGCCACAUGAGGACGGUUUACUGCAAAAGCUCAUAAAUGGAUCAGUAUUAACAAAGACAACCAAACCAAAACAAGUCCACAGCAGCAAUGGGACAUGUGCAAGAGAUGAGCUAAAGUCACAAUCCAUGUUGAACACAGAGGAGCAUCCAGAGAUUGCAGUUCCUCAGUAUGCAGUAGAAAUUGAGCAUGAAGGAAUGGCAAAUGUAGCAAUGCAUAAAUACUGGAAACCAGUUGAAGACUGUGUUGGAAUAGAGCACCCUCAUACAGAAACCUUCCUCCCAGAUGAUCAAUCUGAGUCCAACAUGGCACACCUCAGUGUUUCCAAAGGAAAUGUGAAAACUUGCAUGUACAAGAAGCCAUGCAUCUCUAAACACACAGAGGAGGUCUAUGCCUCUUGUAUUGGGGGACCCAAUUUCUUCUGGUGUCAGUACGCUAACACGGAGGAGCUCAGUGAAGUGUCAAGGCUUGCUCGGGAAGCCGCACAUGCACAGCAGGACACAACGUUCCUCGAGUCUCUCGGCCCUGGCAGUCCAUGCCUUGCUCUGUUUUCCAGUGACAACGAGUGGUAUCGAGCUAAAGUACUUAGCAGAGUUGACGAUGAAUUCAAUGUCGUGUUUAUUGACUACGGAAAUGAAUGUAACAUUGACAUAAAGAAUGUUAGAUCACUGCCUCAGAGUCUACUGGAGAAGGUUCCUCAGGCCUUUCUGUGCUCUUUGAAGGGAUUUGAUGAGUCCACGGGCUCCUGGGAGGAUGAAGGUUACGAUGAGUUCUACAAUCUCCUGGUCGAUAAACAACUGAGAGUGGCGGUAAUCAACACAGAGGAUCAUACAGAGAUUGCAGUUCCUCAGUAUGAAGUAGAGAUUGAGUGUGAGGGAAUGGCUGUAAAUGCAGCACUGUUGAAAUACUGGAAACCAGUUGCCAAAGAAUCUGUUGGGUUAGAACCCCCUCAAACAGAAACCUUCCUCCAGGACGGUCAAAAUGAGUCCAACAUGACACCCCUCAGUGUUUCCAAAGGAAAUGUGAAAAAUUGCAUGUACAAGAAGCCAAUUAUUUCCAAAAACAAAAAGGAGGCGGUAUAUGCCUCUUGUAUUGGGGAUCCCAAUUUCUUUUGGUGUCAGUACGCCAACACGGAGGAGCGCGGCAAAGUGUCAAGGCUUGCUCAGGAAAUGGUACACACACAACAGGACACGUUUCCCGAGACUCUUGGUCCUGGCAGUCCAUGCCUUGCUCUGUUUUCCAGUGACAAACAGUGGUAUCGAGCUCAAGUAAUUAGCAGAGUUGAGGAUGCUUUCAAUAUUGUGUUUAUUGACUAUGGAAACGAGUGUGACGUUGACAUCAAGAAUGUGAGACCAGUCCCUCAGAGUCUGCUGGAGAAGGCUCCUCAGGCCUUUCUGUGCUCUUUGAAUGGAUUUGAUAAGUCCAAGGGCUCCUGGGAUGAUGAAGGUUAUGAUGAGUUCUACAAUCUGGUGGUUGAUAAAGAACUAAGAGUGACAGUGUUUAACACAGAGGAUCAUCCAGAGAUUUCCGUUCCUUGGUAUACAGUGGAACUUGAGUGUGAGGGAGUGGUUGUGAAUACACUGAUGGAGAAAUUCUGGAAACCAGUUGCCAAAGAAUGUGUUUUGAUAGAACACCCUCAAACAGAAACUUUCCUUGAAGUUGAUCAAUCUGAGUCCAACAUGACACACCUAAGUGUUUCCAAAGGAAAUGUGAACACUUGCAUGUACAAGAAGCCAUGCAUCUUCAAAAACAAAAAGGAGGUCUAUGCCUCUUGUAUUGGGGGACCCAAUUUCUUCUGGUGUCAGUACGCUAACACGGAGGAGCUCAGUGACGUGUCAAGGCUUGCUCGGGAAGCAGCACAGCCACACCAGGAUGUGACAUUCCUAGAGACUCUUGGUCCUGGUGGUCCAUGCCUUGCUCUGUUUUCCAGUGACAAACAGUGGUAUCGAGCACAAGUAAUUAGCAGAGUUGACAAUGAUUUCAAUGUCGUGUUUAUUGACUAUGGAAAUGAAUGUGACAUUAACAUCGAGAAUGUUAGAUCACUGCCUCAGAGUCUACUGGAGAAGGUUCCUCAGGCCUUUUUGUGCUCUUUGAAUGGAUUUGAUGAGUCCAAGGGCUACUGGGAGGAUGAAGGUUAUGAUGCGUUCUACAAUCUGGUGGUUGAUAAAGAAUUGAGAGUGACAGUGUUUAACACAGAGGAUCAUCCAGAGUUUGCAGCUUCUCGGUAUGCAGUGGAAAUUGAGUGUGAGGGAGUGGUUGUGAAUACACUGAUGGAGAAGUACUGGAAAGGACAGGCUACAGACCAUGCCUUGGCAAAAAGUUUGGGAUCAGAUCUGGACCCAGAUGAAGGCCCAUGUUGUCCAACCCAGUUGUGACAGAGCAAUCUUGGCUUUUGUUUACUGAAAAUGUACAGAUUUGUUGGUAAACUACAUUUAAUAAAAUUUCUGACUAAAUGAAAUAAAGUGUAAUACAUUCAU